AUGUGGGCUCCUUCCCAAGAUUCUGGGACAACCACUACACCUUCCUCUCCAGAUUCUGGGAAAGCUGCCAAUAUUCCUAGUGGGAAUGAUAACGUGUCAGGAUUGGCAGGAUUCCCAGGAGUACAAGGAAAUAAUCAAAGCCCAGAUGCUCCCUUAACUAAUAACAUUAAUAACACUAACUCAGCCAGUUCGAAUCCCCAGCCAGCAGACAAUCAGAACCCUGUAAGCUCUAAGGCAGAUCUGAACUCACAGGCCUCAAGUCAGACCCCCAAUGAUUCAAACCCUCCCAUAGACACAUCAAAGUCUGUCGCUGCGCAGCAUGCCCUUUUGAUACCUGCUAAGGCGAAAGCUAAGACAUCACAUUUGACAAAGUGUGAUUCAAAAGAGGAUGUAAGUGAGGGGACCUCUGGUGAGCAAAAGGAGGAAGAGGAGACAUAUAGUCUUCGGGAUUUGGUGAACAUGCUUAGAUCCCAGUACUCUGACGAGAAGAGCGCUGUGAGGUUGGCUGCCAAGAAAGAGGAUGGUUCCAGUACAGAGAUAAAAGAUGGUAUUAAAGAUAGCAUUAAGGAUAGCAACAAAGAUAGCAUCAAGGAAGGUUUUAAAGAUGUCAUGAAAGAACUAAAGGAGGAUCUUAAGAACAUUUCCAAUCUGGUAAAGGAUACCAUUCCUGCAUCAUCUGAAUGGGUGCAUGUUUCUGCCAUCAGGAACAGACAUCCACCUCCUGCAAGGCAAUUCCAGCCCAGGAGGAGACAAAUUCCACCUAGACAUCAGCAAUCACAUGGGUCACUGUGGACAAUUCUGCGUGACCAAUACGAAGAAGAAGAAGAAGAAGAAGAAGAAGAAGAAGAAGAAGAAGAAGAAGAAGAAGAAGAAGAAGAAGAAGAAGAAGAAAUACACAGUAAUACCAAAACAGACGCUUAUCUGAAGUUUGAAAAAUAUCUCACUAAAUUGUUUUUAUUAAAUACAAAAAAAUCACAUCAUAGUAUUGAAGAUGUAUUGAAAUCAGCACCCAUGAUACUUGACUAA